AUGAAGUUGCCAUUGAGUCAACCGCACUUCUCAGGGACAAUCUUGCUGCUGUUGAUAUCAAACUUACUCCUGUGGGAGAAAGCUGCAUCAAUUCCUGCAUGUCAAGGUGAAAGGGGAGGCUGUAUGGAUCCCCUUUCAGAAACAUUUAAUAAUGCCAUCAGAAGAGCAGAAACCAUUAGAAAUCUUGCUGAUAAACUAUAUGAGAAGUUUACCAAAAAAUAUGUAAAAUUGUUGAUCAACUUUGUGGGUGCCUGGAACAGUCCUCUGUUUCAUCUAAUGACUAAGCUGAGUGCCAUGCAAGGUGUCCCAGAAACUAUCCUUUCAAAAGUCAAAGAGAUGGAAGAGAACAACAGGGAACUCCUGGAUGACCUUAGGUGGAUACUCACCAAGGCUUAUCCUACAGCAAAGAUGAUUGAAAGAUUCCCCAGCUGGCCACAUCUUUCAUUGUUAAGAUCAAGUGGAGAGAACAAUCAAUUUUUGGCAAUAUUUAACCUUUCCAUCUGCAUACACAGUGAUAUACUCCAGACUAUAAAUCAUCUCAGAAAAUUGAGGUGUCUAAUAACCAUGAAAGACUGCUAA